GCACGCGGUGGUUCUUCACUUCCUGGUUAAAGAUGGCGGAUGAGAAUGAGACAGCACCGAAGCCGGGGCAAGAAGAUGAGAUAGAAGACCAUGGACAUUGCAGUGAUUGCGAAAAUGAAGAGCAUCACUUUGAUGACGGUAGUGACAAGGGCCUGGGGGAUGACAGCGGUGCCAAGAAGAAGAAAAACAAAAAGAAGAAGAAGAAGAAGUCUGGAGCGAAUAAGGAACCUGCACAGGAGGAUCCACUUGCCAAGGUAGAUGUGAACUCGCUGCCUGCUGACAAGCUGCAGGAGAUCCAAAAGGCCAUUGAACUCUUCUCUGUAGGCCAGGGCCCUGCCAAAACCAUGGAGGAAGCCAGUCGACGCAGCUACCAGUUCUGGGACACACAACCCGUUCCCAAGCUAGGGGAGAUGGUGACAUCACACGGUUCUAUCGAGCCUGACAAAGACAAUAUCCGCGAGGAGCCAUACAGUCUUCCUGCCGGCUUCACCUGGGAUGCCCUGGACCUAGGCAACGCCGCCGUGCUCAAGGAGCUGUACACCCUGCUGAAUGAGAACUAUGUGGAGGACGAUGAUAACAUGUUCCGCUUUGACUACUCCCCCGAGUUUCUGCUCUGGGCCUUGCGCCCCCCAGGUUGGCUGCCCCAGUGGCACUGUGGGGUGAGGGUGAACUCCAACCAGAAGCUGGUGGGCUUUAUCAGUGCCAUCCCUGCCAACAUCCGUAUCUAUGACCAAAAUAAGAAGAUGGUGGAGAUCAACUUCCUUUGCGUCCACAAGAAGCUGCGCGCCAAGCGCGUCGCGCCCGUUUUGAUCAGAGAGAUCACCAGACGGGUCAACCUGCAGGGCAUCUUCCAGGCCGUCUACACAGCUGGCGUGGUUCUGCCCAAACCCGUGGGUACCUGCAGGUACUGGCAUCGCUCUCUGAACCCACGGAAGCUGAUUGAGGUGAAGUUCUCUCACCUGAGCCGGAACAUGACUAUGCAACGCACCAUGAAGCUGUACCGCUUGCCUGAGGCCCCUAAGACAGCUGGCUUGCGGCCGAUGACCAGGAAAGACGUUCCGGCGGUGCAUCGCUUGCUCCUGGAGUACCUGAGCCAGUUCCACCUGGCCCCAGUCAUGAGUCCAGAGGAGGUGGAGCACUGGCUGCUGCCCCAGGAAAACAUAAUUGAUACCUACUUGGUGGAGAACUCUGCAGGCAAGGUGACAGACUUCCUGAGCUUCUACACUCUCCCCUCAACCAUAAUGAACCACCCGGUGCACCGCAGCCUGAAGGCGGCCUACUCCUUCUACAACGUGCACACCACCACCAACCUGCUGGACCUGAUGUCGGACGCACUCAUCCUGGCCAAGUCGAAAGGGUUUGAUGUCUUCAAUGCACUGGACCUGAUGGAGAAUAAGACUUUCCUGGAGAAGCUCAAGUUCGGCAUUGGCGAUGGAAAUCUACAGUAUUAUCUGUACAAUUGGAAGUGUCCUAGCAUGGGCUCGGAGAAGGUUGGUUUGGUACUGCAGUGACCCCCUCCCCCCCGCCUCCCCUGAGUGUCACAGUUAAGCCAGGAGACCACACCAAUGCACUGACCACCUGACAGAUGGACCUCCUCCUUCAGGAAAAGAACCCACCGCCCAUUUUUACUUUUUGAACUUUGACCUGCACUACUACUACUGCUGCCAGGCAGGGAGUCGGGGGAGUUGGUUCUUUUCCACACUCUCUCUCUCCUUUCCAUCACAUGGACCUUAAGCAAUUGUAGAGUUACCAUCCCAGAUAACAACUGAAGUCUGUCAUGAUUGUACCAAACGCUCACACACCCGGCACAAUUUACGAUCCCACACACACCCACACACCCACACCCACAC